CGCGUAAGUCCUUACGCACGCGCCGCCCACGUCCAGCUUGCGUGAGCGGAGGCGGUCAGUUCCAAUAAUGCCCCGGAAGGCAGCUAAUCAAGAGGAGGCGGCAGGAGAGCCGGGUCCUGGAGAGAUGGAGGCCGAGCGGCCGCUGCCGGUGCUGCGCUCGGUGAACUCGCGCGAGCCCUCUCAGGUCAUCUUCUGCAACCGCAGCCCGCGCGUCGUGCUCCCCUUGUGGCUCAACUUCGACGGCGAGCCUCAGCCAUACCCGACGCUGCCUCCGGGUACCGGCCGCCGCAUCCACAGCUACCGAGGUCAUCUUUGGCUCUUCAGGGAUGCGGGGACUCAUGAUGGACUUCUGGUUAACCAAACGGAACUGUUUGUGCCAUCCCUCAAUGUGGAUGGACAGCCUAUUUUUGCCAACAUCACACUGCCAGUUUAUACCCUGAAAGAGCGGUGCCUGCAGGUUGUACGAAGCCUGGUCAAGCCUGAGAACUACAGGCAGCUGGACAUCGUCAGGUCGCUCUAUGAAGAUUUGGAAGACCACCCAAAUGUGCGGAAGGACAUACAGCGGCUGACCCAAGAGCACUUUGAAAAUCAGCCCCUGGCAGAGGAGCCUGAGGGAGUCCAUUGAGAUUAGUGGUCCUGAAUUCCAGCUUUGAUGGUUCUGAGUCUUAAUCUGCACAUAGGACAGAUCACUUUCUUUCCAUUUUACAAUGUUUCAUUCAUUCUCGGAGUAAAGUAUACUCCAUUGUGUAAAAGAAAGUUAAC